CCUAACCAAUGACUGUGGAAUAAUAUGGAAGAAGAUGGAAAAAACUUGUUUAAUGGACAGAAGACACUUGAGAAUAUUUGUAGCAAGAGGAAGGAAGCAAACAAAAGAGAGCAGAGGAUGAAGGUUGAGAGAGUGGCGACUUCUAUAAGACAUGGAUAGAUGCAAACAUGUAGGGCGGUUACGGCUCGCCCAGGACCACUCCAUCCUGAACCCUCAGAAGUGGUGCUGCUUAGAGUGUGCCACCACCGAGUCCGUGUGGGCCUGCCUCAAGUGCUCCCACGUGGCCUGCGGCCGCUAUAUUGAGGACCACGCCCUGAAACACUUUGAGGAGACGGGACACCCGCUAGCCAUGGAAGUCCGGGAUCUCUACGUGUUCUGUUACCUGUGCAAGGACUACGUGCUCAAUGAUAACCCAGAGGGGGACCUGAAGCUGCUAAGAAGCUCCCUCCUGGCGGUCCGGGGCCAGAAACAGGACACGCCGGUGAGACGUGGGCGGACGCUGCGGUCCAUGGCUUCGGGUGAGGACGUGGUCCCGCCACAUCGCGCUCCUCAGGGACAGCCGCAGAUGCUCACGGCUCUGUGGUACCGGCGUCAGCGCCUGCUGGCCAGGACGCUGCGGCUGUGGUUCGAGAAGAGCUCCCGGGGCCAGGCGAAGCUGGAGCAGCGGCGGCAGGAGGAGGCCCUGGAGCGCAAGAAGGAGGAGGCGCGGAGGCGGCGGCGCGAGGUGAAACGGCGGCUGCUGGAGGAGCUGGCCAGCACCCCUCCGCGCAAGAGUGCACGGCUGCUCCUGCACACGCCCCGCGACGCGGGCCCGGCUGCCUCGCGCCCCGCUGCCCUCCCUACCUCACGCAGAGUGCCCGCCGCCACACUCAAGCUGCGUCGCCAGCCGGCCAUGGCCCCAGGCGUCACGGGCCUGCGCAACCUGGGCAACACCUGCUACAUGAACUCCAUCCUCCAGGUGCUCAGCCACCUCCAGAAGUUCCGAGAAUGUUUCCUCAACCUUGACCCUUCCAAAACGGAACAUCUGUUUCCCAAAGCCACCAACGGGAAGACUCAGCUUUCUGGCAAGCCAACCAACAGCUCGGCCACGGAGCUGUCCUUGAGAAAUGACAGGGCCGAGGCAUGCGAGCGGGAGGGCUUCUGCUGGAACGGCGGGGCCUCCAUUAGUCGGAGUCUGGAGCUCAUCCAGAACAAGGAGCCGAGUUCAAAGCACAUUUCCCUCUGCCGUGAACUGCACACCCUCUUCCGAGUCAUGUGGUCCGGAAAGUGGGCCCUAGUGUCGCCCUUCGCCAUGCUCCACUCAGUGUGGAGCCUGAUCCCUGCCUUCCGCGGCUACGACCAACAGGACGCGCAGGAAUUUCUCUGCGAGCUGCUGCACAAGGUGCAGCAGGAACUCGAGUCUGAGGGCACCACACGCCGGAUCCUCAUCCCCUUCUCCCAGAGGAAGCUCACCAAACAGGUCUUAAAGGUGGUGAAUACCAUAUUUCAUGGGCAGCUGCUCAGUCAGGUCACAUGUAUAUCAUGCAAUUACAAAUCCAAUACCAUUGAGCCCUUUUGGGACCUAUCCCUGGAAUUCCCUGAACGCUAUCACUGCAUAGAAAAGGGGUUUGUCCCUUUGAAUCAGACAGAGUGCUUGCUCACUGAGAUGCUGGCCAAAUUCACAGAGACAGAGGCCUUGGAAGGGAGAAUCUACGCUUGUGACCAGUGUAACAGCAAACGACGAAAAUCCAAUCCCAAACCCCUUGUUCUGAGUGAAGCUAGAAAGCAGUUAAUGAUCUACAGACUACCUCAGGUUCUCCGGCUGCACCUUAAAAGAUUCAGGUGGUCUGGCCGUAAUCAUCGAGAGAAGAUUGGGGUCCAUGUCGUCUUUGACCAGGUAUUAACCAUGGAACCUUACUGCUGCAGGGACAUGCUCUCCUCUCUUGACAAAGAGACCUUUGCCUAUGAUCUCUCCGCAGUGGUCAUGCAUCACGGGAAAGGGUUUGGCUCAGGACACUACACAGCCUAUUGCUACAACACAGAGGGAGGUUUUUGGGUCCACUGCAAUGACUCAAAGCUGAAUGUAUGCAGUGUCGAGGAAGUGUGCAAAACCCAGGCCUACAUCCUUUUUUACACUCAAAGAACAGUGCAGGGCAAUGCAAGAAUCUCAGAAACCCAUCUCCAAGCUCAGGUGCAGUCCAGCAACAAUGAUGAAGGCAGACCACAGACAUUUUCCUGAAUGGGAGGCAUGUAUCAAAGACUGGCUUUUGUGUAUUGGUGUCCAUACAUCUUUCCUCUUAUAGGAAAUAAGGCUACUGCAGGAACAGAUUACUAGGUUUGCCUUGCUGGGUCUAGAGUAGAAGGUGCCAGGUGAUUCGUGUCCUGUCAAAAAUUUUGUAGUCUCUUUCUUUUGAAUGAGUUUGGGAGUUCCCUCCUUUCCUAAAAACAAAAGAAGUAACUUCUAUGAAGAUCCUUGCAUCAGUUGCUUCUGAAUAUAGAGGGAUCUGGGUGGAGGAAAGCGGGGGGGGGGGGGGGGGUGUAAAUCAAUCAUAUCCACACAGGAGAGCAGCCAUGUUUUCUCUCCAUGAUGUGAUUCCCCUGCUAAUCAGGACCUCCUUGCAGCACCAGAAGAACCCUCCGGAUGUGAGCAGCCCUGGACAGAGCACGUGAGGAGGGGCCCUGGGCUAGCAGUUUGCUGGAUGGGAUUGGCUCCAAGAUGGGAGAUGAAGUCUAAAGGGUUUAUUCCCACAAAGGAAGUAACCUUCAAGGGUUUAAAACAAACUUCCUUUUUUGGGGAUAGCAGCUGAAGAGUGGAGUGAGAUGCAUGGAACAAUUUUCCCCAUGCAAAGUGGGAUGGUUUUCAUAUGUCAUACCCUCCCUACUUGCUGCUGUCAUUUAAUCAUUCCAUACUUCUGAGACUGGCAUGAAUACCCCUUCAUUCUAAAGAAGGGGCAGGUCAUAUAAAGAAGCAAUAGACUAGCACAUGUUCUAUGCUGAGCCAAAGGACACUCCUGGCUAUCCCAGUUCUGUAGCAGAUCCCUGGUUCAGGUCUAGGGCAAGCACAUGGUUUGGUUUAAAUUGAUUCUUAGGUUUUCUCAGAACUCAAUUGAGGGUGGGCAGAGAUAGCUGAUGCUCCAGGGCUUAUUGAAUGCCUGUCACCCGUUCUCACUUCAGUGCAGCAUGCAGCUUCUUAGCCUGCAGCUUCUUUCUUGCUCCUGGAGAGCUAGAACAUUCAUGUUCACAGGGUUUGGGAGCUUUUGGUUCUCUAGGGUAUGUUAACUGCUUAGGAGUCCACCUCAUACAUAUCUGGAGUUGAUUACCAAUGGCCUUGACCUGUUUCCUCCCAAAUCUGAUAAUCCCUACUGUUGCUUUACCCCCCAUACUCAGUCCAUCAGAGAAAACAAGAGUGCCCCGUCCUUUCCCCCAGUGCUAGUAAAAUACAUCUUCCUUUUUAAAUUGGGUCAGUUUCUAAACAGAAUGAAAUUGCCCAGAUAAAAACCCUUGUCCCCAUCAGGCACCACUUCAUUCUUAGUUCUUCACUUAGAUUUGCUGGUGAAAGUAAAUGCAAACCCUAACUUUUGUUGCUGUGGUCACUGCAGUGAGCCUCACUCAACCUGUCACUAUGAAUGCUCAUCUUUUGACUGAGUAUAUCAUAUUAAUGUUUGAAUUCAGGUAGAAGUACAGUUGUCACUUGAAGGGAGUAGAUGUGGAAGGGCGUUCGGGGAGGAGUGGGAAGUGGGGAAAGCCAGGCUAAAGAAUGAGGGUUAUAGCUUUAGCAAUGUUGAUGAGCCACAUUUCCCACACAGAUCUGUAGCAUUUGCUGUUGACCUCUUUUGAGAUGAACUCUCCCAUAGGCCCUGCCAGGCAGCACUGAGACAUGGAGGAAAUUCAGACAAAAAAUGGCUCACCCUGAUAGGGAAGGAGUGACUAUAUUUUAAAUUAAACUUGCUUUUUCCAACACUGUGAGGUUUCUGUAAUAUUUAGCUUUUAUUUGGAAGCGAUAGCGUAUGGCAUUUUUUAUGCUGUUUGGUUUAUAUUGUCUACUGCAGGCUUCUUUGUAUAAGCUUUGCCUGGGCUCACCCUCUCCUGGACACUGUUUUAAAGUGUCACCGCUGUCCAUGCUGCCAGAGGCUCUGAUGUGAAGCUGUACUCUCAAGAUCCACGUUUUUAAGUCGGCAUGAUUAGUAAUGACUUUUUGUGGCAAUAGAAAAGCCCAUUAACUCAAAAAAACCAAGGAGAGUAAAAAGGAAAGGAAACUAUGAAUCGUGCCUCAUCUUUCAUUGAAUCCUAUAUUUAUUAUUCUAGAAAAAGAGAACUUACAAGAUAGAGAGGAACUAAUAGAGCAUCUACUUUACCCCUCAGGCUGUCUAGUGGGGAUAAUUAUUAAUAAACAUUUAAUGGAAAAUUCAAAGAUCUUCCAAUUUAAUUUUUAAAAAUAGUUUUAUACCAAAUAUUAUAAGGAUUUAUUAAGCAGAUUAAGGACUUUGUGAAAUAAGUGCUUAACCUAGCUGAGCACGCAUAUAUCAAAGUAAUAAAAGAAACUAACAUCAGAGUCUCCACUGAGCUACACAUUUGUGAAAGGUGCCCACUGCAGUUACAGACACCUCAGGUACCCAGAGGCGGCAGCACUAGACACUUAGGACAUUAGUAUUUAAGGAGAUUUUUAUUAAAGAAGAGUUCCCUGCUGCAUAAGCCAAUGGCUAUUGUGAGGGAAAUGCCCCUUUGCCUUUAAUUUAUUUACGUACUGGGUAUAGAUGAAUGUCUCAGUUGCAUCUGAAAUUGAAUCAUUCUGAAGAGAAGAAAAUAAGAACCAGGUAAAAACUGACUAGAUGCUGCCAAAUCAAACCCAACGUCUCCUAACCGAACCUUAAUGGGCCUGCUUCUCUCCCAGGGCAAGUAGUUAAGAGUCUCAUUCCAGGAACCCUUUGUAGUUAGUUGGCUGGCAUGUUUACUUGCUGCUGUAGCCAGCCAAGAUGAGUGGACCUAGGCCCUCAAAAAGGAUUUUUUUUACCUCAAUCUAGCCUGACCCUCAUAUCUGUGGUUGCCUCUGAGACGAACAUCCAUGCUAGUAUAAAAAUAGUUGGGAAUGCCCUUGGCAGCCAGGAACUAAAGCUCUUAUUAAAUGGUGGACAGAGCUCUUGCCAGCUUUGAUCCAGCCCCUCAGUCUCGGAGUUAUGGGGCAGGGUUGGGGGGCAGUGCUACACUGUAAAGAAUUUCCAGGCUGGGCGCGGUGGCUCAUGCCUGUAAUCCCAGCACUUUGGGAGGCCGAGGAGGGUGGAUCACAAGGUCAAGAGAUUGAGAUCAUCCUGGCCAACAUGGUGAAACUCCGUCUCUACUAAAAAUACAAAAAUUAGCUGGGCAUGGUGGCGCGUGCCUGUAGUCCCAGCUACUUGGGAGGCUGAGGCAGGAGAAUCGCUUGAACCCGGGAGGCAGAAGGGGCAGUGAGCCGAGAUCGUGCCACUGCACUCCAGCCUGGCGACAGAGCGAGACUCUGUCUCAAAAAAAAAAAAAAAAAACACACAAAAAAAGAAUUUCCAGAUGUCUCUUAAAAUGUCAUGAAUAAAAUUGGAAACUGUAGAAGUGUUAAUGUGUCCUAUGGACUCAAUAGCAGAGUUUAUUUUUGUUUUUAAUGGCAAGGCUUCUAGAGUCAAUGACUGUAUGAGUUUGCUACUCUGGCUGUGCUUACAGCUUCAUCCAAGUACAAGGGAAGAACCAAUGAGGUGGACUGGCUGACAGUGGGGCAUGCCCCAGCAUAAGCCCUAGAGAGGUCGACAGUAGUGCAGAAUGAAAACUUGGUCGGGGAUGGCGGGUGGGGGGGUGGGAGGGGGGUGGGCGGGCCGGGAGGGAGAAAUGGAGUUUGUUCUACUUACUGAUAAAGCUUUGUGAACUAAUUUUAUACAAUUCAUAAAAUUUGGUGCCUUGUACUCAAUUACGGUUUGCAUGGAAUUGAAAAGAUUAAGGGAAAGGAUUUCUUCUUGUCAUUUCAAGUGGCAAAUGGGUCUGUGUAGUGUUUAAAGGACAUCUGGUAUCACAGACUUUUAAAAAGCAUUUCAUGUCUCUUGUGUGUGAAUGCAAAUUAUUCUUACCAGCAAGUUCUGAAAUUACGUUACAAUGUCCAAAUUCUUUGUAUUUGUGACUGUUCAUCAAAUGGCUGCUUUUCAAGGCAGACUGUGUACUCCAUUGUUUUUCACUUCCCUUGUCAUGUUCCAUACAUUAACUUGGGCCUUUUUAAAUCAGGCUGGGGGGGGCUACCCCUUCUUAAAUGUAUACUAUAUCCCUAUCUGAGGUUACCUCUUGUGAGUGGAAGGGUUGCUUUCCCAGGUGGUUGGGAGAGCACAAAUGUUGAGAAAAGGCCUUUUAGUCUUUAUCAAAACAAUGACUAAUGCUGGGCAACAUAUAGCAGAAGUCAAACAAAAAUGAUUCCUCCUGAAGUGGUACCUUCAUUGGUUCUGAUGUUCUUUUGCAAAAAAUGUCCGGAAGCAGUAUAGAAAACCCCCUGUAUGUGAACCUUAGAUUGUAAGGCAAGCCAGUGCACUGUGUAAUAUGCAAAGGGAGUGGUGCAAAAGAGAAGGCACCCGUCCCAGCUCUCCAUGCCCUUUCCCUGGCAGGCGCUGACUGAGAUGGCGCUGAGUGAAUGUGGAAGGUGCUAAGACCCAGUCUCUUCACUGCAGGGCUGUUUACAGCCAGUUUCUUUUACUCUGACCUUAAGGUUUCCACUGAGCACAUGAAACUUCAACAUAUGGUGUUUAAAAGUUUCCCACUCAAAUGCACACUUGAAAAUUGGGUCCCUCAGCCUCAUUACUGAACUAAAUAAGUGAAGAGGUUGUAUCUUUGGGGUAAAACUUUCCAGGGCCACUUAAUUUUUUAACCAGUUAAGUAUGCAUCUUCCUGGUGGUUCAGACUUUUUAAGUCAGUGCUAAAGCUGAAAAGCGCCUUCUAAAUAUGACUGUGAGUUUAGUUUGUAUCUUACAUUUAGUAACUGUUCUGUUGGGCCAGGACUAUGACUUUAAUUACUAUGUACUUAUUCAUCCCACACUCUGCACUAAAUACACCAUAGCUACUAUAGCAUUGUGGCAGGCACUCAUUUUUGUGGACUCAUUCCAUACUUCUGCUGGCAUAUUUCGUUUAAAAUCUAGCUAAAGAUUUUCAUAGUACUGUGUUAACUAGCCAGGGCUGAAAAGUGUGACAGGAUAUCAAAUUGACUUUCCUUGGGGAAAAUGUUGCUUUGGCAAUAGUGAAGUCCAACUCCUUCAUUUACCGAAUUAGUGAUUACUCAUCAAUUUUUGAAAGUUGUAGAUUAAGUAGUUUUAUUUACUAAAUUCUUAACCACUUUGAAGAUUUAAGCCAGUUUAAAUGAAACAUUGGCUGGAUGCAGUGGCUAGCAUCUGUAAUCCCAACACUUUGGGAGGCCAAGGUGGGAGGAUUGCUUGAGGCCAGGAGCUCAAGACCAGCCUGGGAAACAUAGAUUUGAAAUCUUUUCAAAAAUGUAUAAAAAUUUAAUAAAUAAAUAAAUGAAUCCUUACUCAACCAUCAUUAUGGCUUUAAAACCCAACCAACAGUAAACACUGACUUGAAGCCAAAACAGUAAAUUUUGAAUGAAAUUUGAAUUAUGCUUUUGGAAGCUGCCAUGUCUUAAUUCUUGCUGGAUUUUGAUUUUCAAUUUUGGAAGUUUUUAUCAAAUAAAACUGUUCAGUCAUGAGUAUAUCAGGUAGCAGCCUUUAAGGAUCUAAGUUUCAUUCCUAUAAAGAACAGGAAGUGCUGGUAUUUCUUGUCUUACCAAGUGGUCUGAUGCAGGUCUAAAUGGGGGUUAGCAUCUAUACUAUGGCUUAAAAGUUUCCUCCUUGGUCACCAUUUGGGAGGUGAUGGCUUCAAAGCUAAGCUUUGCUCUCAUGUGACCCUUCUUUAUCUUAAUACCCAGUAAGAUAUAAACCUCUCAGAGUCAACCCAGUGUAGACUCAAAGGGUCUUAGCUUCAUCUAUCAGAUAAGAUCUAUCUGAUUUAUACAAAUGGUGCUGUUUUUAUAUACAUACUAAAAAAAUCUAAUUCUCAAACAAUUUUCUUAAUAUUUAUGCCAGCAAGGUCAGGAAAGACUAUUUUGUCCUGUUUAUCUUUAGUAGUGAACAAACUGCUAGAGACAUCUGUCAUUCUUAACAGGCCACUGUGGUCCAUAUAUACUGAUCCUCCUUUCCAAUUAACGUCCUUUAAUCCCAUACUAGUUCCAUAAGAGACUUGGCACAUAAAAGCAG